AUGGAGAUGAGCUAUGGCGCGCAAGCGGCCACGGAGGAGGACCCGAAGGCGAAGAUUCAGGGAAAGAGGUUCGAGGCCCUGGAGGCGCUGCGCGCGCUCGCCGCGCUGGGCAUCACGGUGUUCCACUACGGUUGUUGCUUCGCCAGGCUUGACUAUUUCAUAGACGUUCAGAAGAUGUCGUUGCACUUGCUUGUGGACUUCUUCAUGGACGGGUCCUUGGUGGAUUUGUGUUUUCUCACAGCUACGUGUUCUCGGCGAAGGCCUGUGAUCCGUUGA